AUGAAGUUCUCAACACAGCCUCCAGAAGAAACAUCGACAACAUCGACAACGUAUUUGUCAAGCACAAGUGAGUCAUCAUCAUCUUCCUCAACAACCUCUACUGUGCCAGUGACAUCUACAGCUACCUCUGUAAUACCAACAUCAUCAACCUCUGUCCCUACAACCUCAACAACUACAGGUCCCACCACAUCUACAUCUACUGUCCCCACAUCAUCCUCAUCAACUAUUAUCCCCACAACAUCGACAUCAACUACUAUCCCCACUACAUCAACAGAAAUCACUACAUCCUCAGCAACAUCUACUGAAACACAGACACCAACAACUGCCAGCAUUGUUCCAUUCCUUGAUGAAGGUGUUGAUGUAGAUAUUAUUGUACAGAUUCACGAGCAAGUUGAUGAGGACUGUGCUGAUGAAAACAUGAAUAAGACUCAGGAAGUUGUUCUUGACAAUACUUUUCAUGAGGAUGACCUCAGCAGUGUUUUAAAUAGGUUACAAGAGAGUGAGAAUGGAUUUGCUGUGGCAGAAACAAUAAUUACCCAAAAUAUUUCUGCCUUGACUGAUGAUUCUUUUUGGUACUAUACAAGUAGUUCUGGCACAUUUGAAGUAACCCCCAAUAAGAGUUAUAAUCCGGAUAUCCACGUUGGAUUAAGUUUAAUGGUUGUGCUUCCAUCAGCAUCCCAAAAUGGUGAAGAAGAUAUGAUGAUUUUACUCUUCACAUAUCCUCCAAAACCCAGCAAUCCGAUCAUUCAGAUUAUGCUAGAUACAAUUGUACUUAAUGAAGGAUGCCACGAUGGAAGUGUAGACUGUUUCGGUAACUACUCAUGGCCUGAGAUAAUCCAGAGAGUCAAUGAAAGUGUUCCUGAUUUAGAUCUGAACACAAGUACAUCUUCAUUAACUGAGCACAUUCAAAUGUUAUCCGGUGUUCAGCCAUUUGAACGAAAAUAUGUAAACAUAACUGACGUUACGGAUAUUGAAGAAAUAAUAGAUUGCCCUCCAGAAGAAACAUCGACAACAUCAACAACGUAUUUGUCAAGCACAAGUGAGUCAUCAUCAUCUUCCUCAACAACCUCUACUGUGCCAGUGACAUCUACAGCUACCUCUGUAAUACCAACAUCAUCAACCUCUGUCCCUGCAACCUCAACAACUACAGGUCCCACCACAUCUACAUCUACUGUCCCCACAUCAUCCUCAUCAACUAUUAUCCCCACAACAUCGACAUCAACUACUAUCCCCACUACAUCAACAGAAAGCACUACAUCCUCAGCAACAUCUACUGAAACACAGACACCAACAACUACCAGCAUUGUUCCAUUCCUUGAUGAAGGUGUUGAUGUUGAUGUUAUUGUACAGAUUCACGAGCAAGUUGAUGAGGACUGUGCUGAUGAAAACAUGAAUAAGACUCAGGAGGUUGUUCUUGACAAUACUUUCCAUGAGGAUGAGCUCAGCAGUGUUUUAAAUAGGUUACAAGAGAGUGAGAAUGGAUUUGCUGUGGCAGAAACAAUAAUUACCCAAAAUAUUUCUGCCUUGACUGAUGAUUCACUUUGGUACUAUACAAGUAGUUCUGGCACAUUUGAAGUAACCCCCAAUAAGAGUUAUAGUCCGGAUAUCCACGUUGGAUUAAGUCUGAUGGUUGUGCUUCCAACAGCAUCCCAAAAUGGUGAAGAAGAUAUGAUGAUUUUACUCUUCACAUAUCCUCCAAAACCCAGCAACCCAAUUAUUCAGAUUAUGCUAGAUACAAUCGUACUUAAUGAGGGAUGCCAUGAUGGAAGUGUAGACUGUUUCGGUAACUACUCUUGGCCUGAGAUAAUCCAGAGAGUCAAUGAAAGUGUUCCAGAUUUAGAUAUGAAAACAAGUACAUCUUCAUUAACUGAACACAUUCAAAUGUUAUCAGGUGUUCAGCCAUUCAAACGAAAAUAUGUUAACAUAACUAAUGUCGAAGAUAUUGAAGAAAAAAUAGAUUGCCCUCCAGAGGAAACAUCGGCAACAUCAACAACGUAUUUACCAAGCACAAGUGAGUCAUCAUCUUCCUCAAUAUCUACAACUACCUCUGUAACUCCAUCAUCAUCAACCUCUGUCCCUACAACCUCAACAACUACUGGUCCCACAACAUCCACAUCUACUGUUCCCACAACAUCCUCAUCAGCUACUGUCCUUACAACAUCCACAUCAACUAUUGUCCCCACUACAUCAACAGAAGGUACAACAUCUGCAGCAACAACAUCUACUGAAACACAAACAUCAACAACUGCCAACAUUGUUCCAUUCCUUGAUGAAGAUGUUGAUGUUGAUGUUAUUGUGCAGAUUCACGAGCAAGUUGGUGAUGACUGUGAUGAUGAAAACAUCAAUAAGACACAGGAGGUUGUUCUUGACAGUACUUUGCAUGAGGAGGAUUUCAGCAGAGUUUUAAAAAGGUUACAUGAGAGUGAGAAUGGAUUUGCUGUAGCUGAAAGUAUAAUUACACAAAAUAUUUCUGCCUUGAAUAAUGAUUCAUUUUGGUACUAUACAAGUAGUACUGGCACAUUUGAAGUAACCCCCAAUAAGAGCUAUAGCCCUGACAUCCACAUGGGAUUAAGUUUAAUGGUUGUGCUUCCAUCCGUGUCCCAAAAUGGGGAAGGAGAUAUGAUCAUUUUACUUCUCACAUAUCCUCCAAAACCCAGCAACCCAAUUAUUCAGGUUAUGCUAGACACACUUAUAUUUAGCGAAGGAUGCCACAAUGAAAGUGCCAAUUGUUCCACUAAUUACUCAUGGCCCAGGAUAAUGCAGAGAUUCAAUGAAACUGUUCUUGAUUUAGAUUUAAACACAAGUACAUCUUCAUUGACUGAGCACAUUCAAAUGUUAUCAAGUGUUCAGCCAUUUGAACGAAAAUAUGUAAACAUUACUUCCAUUAAGGAUGUUGAAGAAGAAAUAGAUUGUCCUCCAGACACGACUGAAGAAACAUCAACAACUUCAACAACAUAUUUGCCAAGCACUAGUGAAUCAUCAUCUUCCUCAACAACCUCUGCUGUGCCUGUGACAUCUAAAACUACCUCCAUAAUACCAACAUCAUCAACCUCUGUCCCAACAACCUCAACAACUACCAUCCCCACAACAAUCUCAACAACCACAGUCCCUACAUCCUCAACAACUGCAGGUACCACAGUACCCUCAGAAAGCACUACAUCCUCAGCUGCAACAACCACGGAAACACAAACACCAACAACUACCACCGAUGUUCCAUUCCUCGAUGAACACGUGGAUGUUAUUGUGCAAAUUCAUGAGCAAGUUGAUGCUGACUGUGAUGAGGAAAGCAUGAAUAAGACUCAGGAAGUUGUUCUUGAGAAUACAUUUCAUGAGGAUGAUCUCAGCAGGGUUCUUAAAAGGUUACAAGAGAGUGAGAAUGGAUUUUCUGUGGCAGAAACUAUAAUUACCCAAAAUAUUUCUUCACUUAAUAAUGAUUCAUUUUGGUACUAUACAAGUUAUUCUGGCUCAUUGGAAGUAGUCCCCAAUAAGAUCAUGCUAGACACAGUUGUACUUAGUGAAGGAUGCCACAAUGGAAGUGCUGACUGCUCCACUAAUUAUGCAUGGCCCAAGAUGAUGCAAAAAUUCAAUGAAAGUGUUCCUGAUUUAGAUUUGAACACAAGUACAUCUUCAUUGACUGAGCACAUUGAAAUGUUAUCAAGUGUUCAGCCAUUUGAAAGAAAAUAUGUAAACAUUACUUCCAUUAAGGAUAUUGAAGAAGAAAUAGAUUGUCCUCCAGACACGACUGAAGAAACAUCAACAACUUCAACAACAUAUUUGCCAAGCACUAGUGAAUCAUCAUCUUCCUCAACAACCUCUGCUGUGCCUGUGACAUCUACAACUACCUCCAUAAUACCAACAUCAUCAACCUCUGUCCUUACAACCUCAACAACUACAGGUCCCACAACAUCCACAUCUACUGUCCCCAAAACAUCCUCAUCAACCACUAUCUCCACAACAACCUCAACAACUACAGUCCUCACAACAACCUCAACAACCACAGUUCCUACAUCCUCAACAACUGCAGGUACCACAGUACCCUCAGAAAACACUACAUCCUUAGCAGCAACAACAACCACCAAAGCACAAGCACCAACAACAACCACCGUUGUUCCACUCCUCGAUGAACACAUUGAUGUUAUUGUGCAAAUUCAUGAGCAAGUUGAUGCUGACUGUGAUGAGGAAAGCAUGAAUAAGACACAGGAAGUUGUUCUGGAGAAUACAUUCCAUGAGGAUGAUCUUAGCAGGGUUCUCGAAAGGUUACAAGAGAGUGAGAAUGGAUUUUCUGUGGCAGAAUCUAUAAUUACCCAAAAUAUUUCGUCACUGCAUAAUGAUUCAUUUUGGUACUAUACAAGUAAUUCUGGCACAUUGGAAGUAGCCCCCAAUAAGAGCUAUAGCCAUGACAUCCACAUUGGAUUAAGUUUAAUGGUUGUGCUUCCAUCAGCAUCCCAAAAUGGGGAAGAAGAUAUGAUAGUUUUUCUUCUCACAUAUCCUGCAAAACCCAGCAACCCAAUUAUUCAGAUCAUGCUAGACACAGUUGUACUUAGUGAAGGUUUCCACAAUGGAAGUGCAGAUUGCUCCACUAAUUACUCAUUGCCCAAGAUAAUGCAGAAAUUCAAUGAAAGUGUUAAUGAUUUAGAUUUGAACACAAGUACAUCAUUGACCCAGCACAUUCAAAUGUUAUCAAGUGUUCAGCCAUUUGAAAGAAAAUAUGUAAACAUUACUUCCAUUAAGGAUAUUGGAGAAGAAAUAGAUUGUCCUCCAGACACGACUGAAGAAACAUCAACAACUUCAACAACAUAUUUGCCAAGCACUAGUGAAUCAUCAUCUUCCUCAACAACCUCUGCUGUGCCUGUGUCAUCUACAACUACCUCCAUAAUACCAACAUCAUCAACCUCUGUCCCAACAACCUCAACAACUACAGGUUCCACAACAUCCACAUCUACUGUCCCCAAAACAUCCUCAUCAACCACUAUCUCCACAACAACCUCAACAACUACAGUCCCCACAACAACCUCAACAACCACAGUUCCUACAUCCUCAACAACUGCAGGCACCACAGUACCCUCAGAAAGCUCUACAUCCUCAGCAGCAACAACAACCACCAAAGCACAAGCACCAACAACAACCACCGUUGUUCCACUCUUCGAUGAACACGUUGAUGUUAUUGUACAAAUUCACGAGCAAGUUGAUGCUGACUGUGAUGAGAAAAGCAUGAAUAAGACACAGGAAGUUGUUCUUGAGAAUACAUUCCAUGAGGAUGAUCUCAGCAGGGUUCUCAAAAGGUUACAAAAGAGUGAGAAUGGAUUUUCUGUGGCAGAAACUAUAAUUACCCAAAAUAUUUCUCCAAAGAAUAAUGAUUCAUUUUGGUACUAUACAAGUAAUUCUGGCACAUUGGAAGUAGCCCCCAAUAAGAUCAUGCUAGACACAGUUGUACUUAGUGAAGGAUGCCACAAUGGAAGUGCAGAUUGCUCCACUAAUUACUCAUUGCCCAAGAUAUUGCAGAAAUUCAAUGAAAGUGUUAAUGAUUUAGAUUUGAACACAAGUACAUCUUCAUUGACUGAGCACAUUCAAAUGUUAUCAAGUGUUCAACCAUUUGAAAGAAAAUAUGUAAACAUUACUUCUAUUAAGGAUAUUGAAGAAGAAAUAGAUUGUCCUCCAGACACGACUGAAGAAACAUCAACAACUUCAACAACAUAUUUGCCAAGCACUAGUGAAUCAUCAUCUUCCUCAACAACCUCUGCUGUGCCUGUGACAUCUACAACUACCUCCAUAAGGCCAACAUCAUCAAUCUCUGUCCCAACAACCUCAACAACUACAGGUUCCACAACAUCCUCAUCUACUGUCCCCAAAACAUCCUCAUCAACCACUAUCUCCACAACAACCUCAUCAACUACUGUUCCCACAGCAACCUCAACAACUACAGUCCCUACAACCUCAACAACUGCAGUUGCCACAAUACCCUCACAAAGCACUACAUCCUCAGUAGCAACAACAACCACUGAAGCACAAACAACAACGACCACUGUUGUUCCACUCCUUGAUGAACAUGUUGAUGUUAUUGUGCAAAUUCACGAGCAAGUUGAUGCUGACUGUGAUGAGGAAAGUAUGAAUAAGACACAGGAAGUUGUUCUUGAGAAUACAUUUCAUGAGGAUGAUCUCAGCAGGGUUCUUAAAAGGUUACAAGAGAGUGAGAAUGGAUUUUCUGUGGCAGAAACUAUAAUUACCCAAAAUAUUUCUUCACUGAAUAAUGAUUCAUUUUGGUACUUUACAAGUUAUUCUGGCACAUUGGAAGUAGCCCCCAAUAAGAGCUAUAGCCAUGACAUCCACAUUGGGUUAAGUUUAAUGGUUGUGCUUCCAUCAGUAUCCCAAAAUGGGGACGAAGAUAUGAUCAUUUUCCUUCUCACAUAUCCUGCAAAACCCAGCAACCCAAUCAUUCAGAUCAUGCUAGACACAGUUGUACUUAGUGAAGGAUGCCACAAUGGAAGUGCAGAUUGCUCCACUAAUUACUCAUUGCCCAAGAUAUUGCAGAAAUUCAAUGAAAGUGUUCCUGAUUUAGAUUUGAACACAAGUACAUCUUCAUUGACUGAGCACAUUCAAAUGUUAUCAAGUGUUCAGCCAUUUGAAAGAAAAUAUGUAAACAUUACUUCCAUUAGGGAUAUUGAAGAAGAAAUAGAUUGUCCUCCAGACACGACUGAAGAAACAUCAACAACUUCAACAACAUAUUUGCCAAGCACUAGUGAAUCAUCAACUUCCUCAACAACCUCUGCUGUGCCUGUGACAUCUACAACUACCUCCAUAAGGCCAACAUCAUCAAUCUCUGUCCCAACAACCUCAACAACUACAGGUUCCACAACAUCCACAUUUACUGUCCCCAAAACAUCCUCAUCAACCACUAUCUCCACAACAACCUCAUCACCUACUGUUCCCACAGCAACCUCAACAACUACAGGUUCCACAACAUCCACAUUUACUGUCCCCAAAACAUCCUCAUCAACCACUAUCUCCACAACAACCUCAUCACCUACUGUUCCCACAGCAACCUCAACAACUACAGUCCCUACAACCUCAACAACUGCAGUUGCCACAAUAGCCUCACAAAGCACUACAUCCUCAGUAGCAACAACAACCACUGAAGCACAAACAACAACGACCACUGUCGUUCCACUCCUCGAUGAACAUGUCGAUGUUAUUGUGCAAAUUCACGAGCAAGUUGAUGCUGACUGUGAUGAGGAAAGUAUGAAUAAGACACAGGAAGUUGUUCUUGAGAAUACAUUUCAUGAGGAUGAUCUCAGCAGGGUUCUUAAAAGGUUAAGUAGAUCUAAGAUUCUGGUUCUUUCAUUGUAAAAUUAAUUAGGCCUACAAAAACUUACCUUUCAUUUUGAGGCCUAGAAAAACUUAACUUUCCUUUUGUAAUUGAUGUUAAUGUUUUAGAAACUUAUUGUUGUAUUAUGUUUGUUGACCUAAAGUUUCAAACGCAUUGUCCUCGCAAAUUUACAUUUUGAACAACUUGUUAUAUGUAGAUACUUAUUUAAUGCAUCAUACUUUUGUUGAUUAUUUUUAUUUUUUACUGAACAGGUUACAAGAGAGUGAGAAUGGAUUUUCUGUGGCAGAAACUAUAAUUACCCAAAAUAUUUCUUCACUGAAUAAUGAUUCAUUUUGGUACUAUACAAGUAAUUCUGGCACAUUGGAAGUAGCCCCCAAUAAGGUAAUGAUUUUUAGAUUCUGUAAAAAAUUGACAGUUUAUUGUGAAAAUAAUAAAGUACAUAUGAUUUUCUAAUUGCCUUCGUGAAGCCUUAGUUGGAGCUGAAAAAUUUUGAGGUUAUUCUGGUAUGUAUUUGAUAUAAAAAUAUUGAAAAGUUAUAUAGGAAUCUGUUUUAUUAAAUAUCAUAAUAGUUUUGCUGUUACAACAUAAGUUAUAAAGUUGUACUAUCCAGUUCUUGUAUUUUAUAAUCAUUUUAGAAGUUGUCAGUCUUCACAUCUAAUGAUUUUAUUGGGGGCACUUAUCAUUUCAGAGCUAUAGCCAUGACAUCCACAUUGGGUUAAGUUUAAUGGUUGUGCUUCCAUCAGCAUCCCAAAAUGGAGACGAAGAUAUGAUCAUUUUCCUUAUCACAUAUCCUGCAAAACCCAGCAACCCAAUCAUUCAGGUAGAAAUUUUUAUUAUUUAAUCAGUUUUCCUCAAAUAUGUUAUGGAAUGAUUCUUGGUAUUACCAUAAGAAUUUUUUUUUUUGUUUCUUUAUUUUUUUGAACUAAGCUUCUUUUGACAAUUUAAUCUUUAAACACUGAUAUGUCCAUUUUACUCGCUUUUAAAGAUCAUGCUGGACACAGUUGUACUUAGUGAAGGAUGCCACGAUGGAAGUGCAGAUUGCUCCACUAAUUACUCAUUGCCCAAGAUAAUGCAGAAAUUUAAUGAAAGGUAGGUUUAUUUAUAUAAGAUUUACACCAAAGAAAUGUUGCAUGUAGUUGAAGAAAAUAAAUUUUACAACAUUUGGAAAACACUUGAGACAUGCAAGUUGUGACUUUUAUAUCAUAUCUUUCUCCUGGAGCUAACAUUUUAUGAUAUUUAUACUUCAUAGUUCAUAUGGUCAAAUUAAAUUUUUUUUAAAAAUCAUAUCUCUACCAGUUGCUCUUUAGUAUUUUUAAGUUUUAUGGUAAAAUGCAGUGUGAAGCUUUAUUAGCUAUAAAUGCCUGUAUCUUAGUUUUAUGAUUUAGAAUUCUUAGAUUAAAACUAAAAAGUGAAAUGCAAAGUAACUCAUUUUAUUUAUAAUAAUCCUGGAAAAUUAUUUUAAUGUUGAUUGUGUGCUGUUGAUUGUGUCCUUUCAGUGUUAAUGAUUUAGAUUUGAACACAAGUACAUCCUCAUUGACUGAGCACAUUCAAAUGUUAUCCGGUGUUCAGCCAUUUGAACGAAAAUAUGUAAACAUUACUUCCAUUAAGGAUAUUGAAGAAGACAUAGAUUGUGUGAGUAAAAGAAUUUUUUUUUUUAGGUAUAGAUGCUGUAAUAUGUUCAUUAAAUACCGACUUAAUAUAAAAACUAGUUUCCAAAAUGAUUAAUCGAAAUAACAUAUAUAUAUAUAUAUAUAUAUAUAUAUAUAUAUAUAUAUAUAUAUAUAUAUAUAUAUACGUAUAUAUAUAUAUAUAUAUAUAUAUAUAUAUAUAUAUAUAUAUAUAUAUAUAUAUAUACAUACAGUAGUACCUCGAGUUACGAAAUUAAUCCAUUCCGAGGGGCCCUUCGUAUCAUGAGGUUUUCGUAUCUUGGACCACAUUUUACAUGUAAAAUGGCUAAUCCGUUCCAAGCCCUCCAAAAACACCCCAGUAAAUUUCAUUAUAAAGCUAAAUUGACCUAUAAACAAUGAAAUACUAAAACAAUUUGGACCAUUCAAUACCUAUAUUAAUAAAAAAAAAUGCAAAAUAUAUCCUGUAAAUAAAGUGUAUAUUAGUGUACAUGGUAACAAGAAAUAUACUGUACGUACGUAAAAAGUAGGCAGAUUGCUUCUGCCUACUUUUCACAAUGUUCCUGUGUGAGCCUUUUUGGGGGGUGUCUUCUACAAAUGAUUGCACUUUAUGAAAAGUGGCUUUAAUUUCUGCCGUUUUUUUUUUUCUUUUGUACAUAUGUACGUACGUACACUUUAAAAAAUAUACGUAC